ACGCAACUCGGUAGAACUUCUCUCUCUCUCUCUCAUCUUUAUUCGCUUCGCUGCUCUCUUUGAAUAACUUCCCCCCAACCCGUACAUACUUCUCCAAUUCCCUCCGCCGCCAUGUCGCCGUCCUCCGCCAACUCCGGCGUAAACCGCCGCCGCCUCCGGGAGGAAAUUAACGGUUACGGCAAUGACAACGGCGCGUCCACCGAAAAGCCUGUCCCAUCGACGGCCUCAUCGUCUCUGCGCAGCAUCUUUGACGCCGUUCCUUCGAAGGAGCGGGAGAAGCUUAGGAGAAUCCUCGUUGCUUCGGCGAAAGGUUUCUCAAUAGGAGCCGGCCUCAAAGGCGGUCUCGCUCUCUUCGCGAUCUUGGCGCGAUUCACUCGGAAAAAGCCGCCAAGGAAGCAGGUUGUGGUGACAAAUGGCGAAGCGAUUGUUGCGGCUCUGAAGGAGACACUGAGAUACGGUCUUUUUCUUGGAACCUUCGCCGGAACUUUUGUUUCCACGGACGAGCUUAUCGGUGCUUUCGUGGGUCACCGUAGAUCAGCGAGGUGGAGGGCUCUGUUAGCAGGGGCGGUUGCUGGGCCAUCGAUGCUUCUGACUGGGUUAGAGACGCAGCACACGAGUUUGGCCAUUUACAUUCUCAUGCGUGCUGCUGUCCUGGCGUCUCGUUGUGGGAUUAAGAGCAAACGGUUUGGGAGAAUUUGUAAGCCUCUCACGUGGAAGCAUGGUGACAUUUUCCUCAUGUGUCUCUCCUCUUCACAGAUAUUGUCCGCUUAUAUAUUAAAGCAAGACAGUUUGCCAGCUUCGUAUAAAUCCUUUCUCAAUAAACAUGGUGGAAAAGAUCCAGUUAUCUUACAAGGUGUAAAAGAUAUAGCCAGUGGCAAGCCUUUCACUAAUUUGAGUGAAAUACAUAAGUACUACAAGACCAUGGGUAUUGAUGUGAAAUUAAAUCCCAAUAUGAAAGUCCCAUGCUCGAUUGUACAUGGGAAUCAAUCAUGCAGUGGACAUGUCCUUUCUUUUCUCCUCCAAGCCUACAAAAGGGCACUACCUGUGUAUCUUCCAGUUUAUCUGAUACCUGCACUAAUUGUUCAUAGAAAAGGACUUUUAAAAAGGCCUUGCACAAUAUUGACCAAGGGUCUUUUUGGUACAGCAAGAUCAAGCUUGUUUCUGUCUACAUAUUGCGCAUCAGCCUGGAUGUGGACGUGCUUGCUGUUCAGGAUUUUUAAAAGAUGUAACAUUCCAAUGGUGGCCAUGGGAACGUUCCCAACUGGCCUUGCAUUGGCUAUUGAGAAGAAAAGCAGGCGAAUAGAAAUAUCAUUAUACUGCUUUGCCCGGGCUAUUGAGAGUUUCUUCACAUGUGUAGCUGAUGCAGGAUAUCUGCCACAGUCAAGAAAGAUCAAGAGAGCUGAUGUGGUGGUUUUCAGCUUGUCAACCGCCAUCAUAAUGCAUUGUUAUGCGCAGGAGAGGGAAGUGUUUAGAUCUAAAUAUUUGAAUGUUCUUGAUUGGGUGUUUGGUGUGCCUCCUCCAGAAUGUGAGACCCCAAGAUGCAAAGAUAGGUAGACGCAAGUGCUAGGCCUCAAGGUAUUUUAUAUCUGGAAAGACUGCCCUUGACUUUGUGGUGCAUACAUGAUGUUGCCAUCUCAAAGUCAUUGGUGGCCUGGGAACCCGAAAAUGGUUGAAUACUAGCAACACACUUUCCAACAUAUUCUUUCAGACACAUUUAUUUUUAUUAUUGGGUGAAAUUCAUGUAAGUUUUAUUAAAUAAUAAAUGAAACUUGUUAAAUAAGGGAAGUCACAUGAUUUUUACUCAAUAAUAAUGUGUUGGAAAGUGUCUUCCUAGUAUUUCUCAAAUUUUGUAUUGAGCAGGGAACUAGAAUAGUAGAAUGAUUACUUGAACAUGAGAUUAUAGUCCCAGAAGCAUUCUGUAAACUCACGAUGACUGAAGGCGUUUCUGCUGAUUACUGCUGCAUGAUACUUUUGAAGCGAGGAGCACACCGACUGUCCAUUCAUUUGAAGUCCUGGUCUUAUUCACCGAGUUACACACCGAUCUCCAUUACUAUUUACUAGCACCACCAAGGACCCAUAUGUCUGAGUUUGCCUUCAGCUACUCCUCAACAUAUCAUGUCUCAGCAGCUUUAAGAUAAUUCAGAAACGAGAUUUCACUCUUU